CUGAGCAUCUAUCGGCUGGACCAGAGCACGAAAAAAGAAUUGUAUCAAUCAGUUGAUGUCGAUCGCAAGGAAUUUAUCGGAUUAACUAUUUCCUCGAGCAUCCGAGGCAUUGAUCAGACCUUUGUGAGAGAAAAUGCCCCGUAGGUUAGGCACCAGGUAGAGCGACUGACUGCUCCAGUCCAAAAAAAGCCAAAAAACUAAAGAUUUGUUUUUAAAUUCUGGUCACUAUUCUUUGUUUUAUAUAAUCUCCGGACGACAGGAUGGGUCUCAUGAAUCACCAUACGGCUUCGAAGCUAUAGCUGCUACUGUGGAUGGUACGAACCUAAAGACCAGGUAGCUGCAGGAUGAAAACAUGGCUGCACCCAUUAUUCCACCGCCAGGACCUGGCAGCAUCAAGAAGUUUACUUUGGAAUCUUUGGCGAUUCUUGAGCUGCGCAUCAAUGAGGAGAAGAACAAGAAGCCUCCCAAGCAGGACAGCAGCUACCGCGACGACGAUGACGAGAACAAGCCCAAGCCCAACAGCGACCUGGAGGCUGGGAAGAGCCUGCCCUACAUCUACGGGGACAUUCCCAGGAAAAUGAUGGCGAUACCACUGGAGGACCUGGACCCAUACUACCAGAAUUCUCAGAAAACAUUUAUAGUGGUGAAUGGAGGGAAGACAAUCUUCCGUUUUAGUGCCACACCUGCCUUGUACUUCAUAAGUCCUUUAAAUCCGGUUAGGCGAGUAGCUAUUAAAAUUUUGAUACAUGCUCUUUUCAGCAUGAUCAUUAUGUGUACUAUUUUGACCAACUGUAUAUUCAUGACCUUUAGUGAUCCUCCCGAGUGGUCAAAACAAGUAGAGUACACAUUCACAGGAAUUUAUACAUUUGAGUCUCUUGUAAAAUCUGCACGUGGAUUCUGUAUAGACGGGUUUACAUUCCUCAGAGAUCCAUGGAACUGGCUGGACUUCAUGGUCAUUUCGAUGGCAUAUAUAACAGAGUUUGUGGACCUGGGCAAUGUAUCUGCGCUGAGAACAUUCAGAGUUCUCCGAGCAUUGAAAACUAUCUCUGUCAUUCCAGGCCUGAAGACCAUCGUGGGCGCCUUGAUCCAGUCUGUGAAGAAGCUUUCGGAUGUGAUGAUCCUGACCGUCUUUUGCCUGAGCGUCUUUGCCCUCAUCGGUCUCCAGCUCUUCAUGGGCAAUCUGCGCCACAAGUGUGUGAUCUGGCCAAUAAACACCACCAAGAGCUUCGACUGGAAAGAGUACAUCAUGAACGACACCAAUUUCUACUUCCUGCCUGGCCAGUUGGAUGCUCUUCUCUGUGGGAACAGCUCCGACUCUGGCCGCUGCCCGGAGGGCUACACAUGCAUGAAAGCUGGGAGGAAUCCAAACUACGGCUACACCAGCUUUGACAGCUUCGGCUGGGCUUUCCUGGCUCUCUUCCGACUCAUGACACAGGACUUCUGGGAAAACCUUUACAUGCUGACGCUGAGGGCGGCAGGGAAGACCUACAUGAUCUUCUUUGUGUUGGUGAUUUUUGUGGGCUCGUUCUACCUGGUGAAUCUGAUCUUGGCGGUGGUGGCCAUGGCCUACGAGGAGCAGAACCAGGCCACCAUGGAAGAGGCCAUUCAGAAGGAGGAGGAAUUCAAGGCCAUGCUGGAGCAGCUCAAGAGACAUCAGGAAGACGCUCAGAUGGCUGCCAUGGCAACCUCUGCGGGUACAGUGUCAGAGGACGCAGUGGAGGACGAUGGAGGAGGGCGUCUGUCAUGCAGUUCCUCUGAGAUGUCAAAGCUCAGCUCCAAGAGUGCAAAAGAGCGGCGCAAUCGUAAGAAGAAGUGGCGGCAGAAAGAGCAGGACAAGGAGAAAGGUGACAGUGAGAAGUUUGUCAAGUCAGAGUCGGAUGAUGGCAGCAAGAGGAGCCGCUUUCGUUUCCCUGAUAAUCGCCUGGGUCGAAAGUCUUCCAUUAUGAACCAGUCCCUCCUCAGUAUACCCGGUUCGCCUUUCCUGUCCCGCCACAACAGCAAGAGCAGCAUCUUCAGUUUCAAGGGGCGUGGUAAGGACGUGGGCUCGGAGAACGAGUUUGCAGACGACGAACACAGCACGGUGGAGGAGUGCGAGGAGCGCCGGGGCUCCCUGUUCAGCCCCUAUCGGCGGAACAGCUACAGUGGCUUCCACGGGAAGAGGAACAGCACAGUGGAUUGCAACGGCGUGGUGUCGCUCAUCGGCCGUGGGCCCGGUGGACGCCUUCUGCCUGAGCCGACUACUGAGGUUGAGGUGAAGAAGAAGCUGUCGGGCUCCUUGAUGGUGUCUGUGGACCAGCUCAAUACCUCCUUUGGGCGGAAAGAGCGGGCCAACAGUGUCAUGAGCGUCAUUACCAACACACUAGUGGAGGAAUUGGAGGAGUCUCAGCGCAAGUGUCCGCCAUGCUGGUAUAAGUUUUCUAACACAUUCCUGAUCUGGGAGUGCUCCCCCAACUGGAUUAAGAUCAAGGAGAUUAUGAACCUGAUUGUCAUGGACCCCUUCGUGGACUUAGCCAUCACCAUCUGUAUCGUCCUCAACACCCUCUUCAUGGCGAUGGAGCACUACCCCAUGACCCCCGACUUUGAAGACAUGCUGUCUGUAGGCAAUCUGGUGUUCACAGGGAUCUUUGCAGGGGAGAUGCUUUUCAAGCUGGUGGCUAUGGAUCCAUACUACUACUUCCAGGAGGCCUGGAACUGUUUCGACGGUUUCAUUGUGACGCUAAGUUUAGUGGAGCUGGCUCUGGCUGAUGUCGAGGGCUUGUCUGUGCUGCGGUCAUUCCGAUUGCUGAGAGUGUUUAAGCUGGCUAAGUCAUGGCCCACCCUCAACAUGCUGAUCAAGAUCAUUGGUAACUCGGUGGGAGCCUUGGGGAACCUGACUCUGGUGCUGGCCAUCAUCGUCUUCAUCUUUGCUGUGGUGGGCAUGCAGCUGUUUGGCAAGAGCUACAAAGACUGUGUGUGUAAAAUCUCUCUUGAAUGUGAGUUGCCCCGCUGGCACAUGAAUGACUUCUUCCACUCCUUCCUGAUUGUCUUCCGGGUUCUGUGCGGUGAAUGGAUUGAGACCAUGUGGGACUGCAUGGAGGUGGCGGGACAGGGCAUGUGCCUCAUCGUCUUCAUGAUGGUCAUGGUCAUCGGUAACCUGGUGGUGUUGAACCUCUUCCUUGCCUUGCUGCUGAGCUCGUUCAGCGCUGACAACUUGGCUGCGACGGAUGACGACGGUGAGCCCAACAACCUGCAGAUUUCUGUCAGACGUAUCAAGAUAGGCAUUGCGUGGUUUAAAGCAAAGAUGCGGAUAGUGAUGGCCAGUCUGCUGAAUAAACCGCAAAUGGAGGACGAGCAGAAGCCUUUGGAUGAUAUGUAUGACAAGAAGCUGAACUGCAUUGCUAACCACACCGGGGUGGACAUCAACCGUGACCUGGACUACAUCAAGAAUGGUAACGGCACCACCAGCGGUAUUGGCAGCAGCGUGGGCAAGUAUAUGAUCGAUGACGACCACAUGUCAUUCAUCCACAACCCGAACCUGACUGUCUGCGUGCCCAUAGCUGUGGGAGAGUCUGACUUUGAGAACCUCAACACGGAGGACUUCAGCAGCGAGUCGGAAAAUGAGAACAGCAAAGAGCUGGAUGACACCAGUUCGUCAGAGGGCAGCACCAUCGACAUCAAGCCAGAUGUGGAGGAGGUGGUGGUGGUGGUGGAGCCGGUGGAGGAAUACUUGGAUCCUGAGGCGUGUUGGACAGAUGGUUGUGUGGCCAAGUUUAAGUGCUGUAGCGUUGACAUUACUACGGGCUGGUGGAAGAGCUGGUGGUGGCUGAGAAAAACCUGCUACCUGAUUGUGGAGCACAACUGGUUUGAGUCCCUCAUCAUCUUCAUGAUCCUCCUCAGUAGCGGUGCCCUGGCCUUUGAGGACGUGUACAUCGAGCAGAGGAAGACCAUUCGGAUCAUUUUGGAGUAUGCCGACAGGGUUUUCACCUACAUCUUCAUCCUGGAGAUGUUGUUGAAAUGGGUCGCCUAUGGUUUUGUCAAGUAUUUCACCAAUGCCUGGUGUUGGCUGGACUUCUUCAUUGUGGAUGUGUCUAUAGUCAGCCUUGUAGCUAAUGCGCUGGGCUACUCCGAUCUAGGGCCCAUUAAAUCACUCAGGACACUAAGGGCCUUGAGACCCCUCAGAGCCUUGUCACGUUUUGAAGGGAUGAGGGUGGUAGUCAACGCCUUGGUGGGUGCCAUCCCUUCCAUUAUGAAUGUGUUGCUGGUUUGCCUCAUCUUUUGGCUGAUUUUCAGUAUCAUGGGGGUCAACUUGUUUGCGGGCAAGUACUACUACUGUUUCAAUCAGACAUCUGAGGAAUACUUUUCCGUCGACACGGUCAACAACAAGACCCAGUGUGAGGCCCUCAUGAAACAAAACUUUACCGAGGUCAGGUGGAAGAACGUCAAGAUCAACUUUGACAAUGUGGGCGCCGGCUACCUGGCACUGCUGCAAGUGGCCACAUUCAAAGGUUGGAUGGACAUUAUGUACGCGGCUGUGGAUUCGAGAGAGGUGGAAGACCAGCCCGACUAUGAAGUCAACAUCUACAUGUACAUCUACUUUGUCGUUUUCAUCAUAUUUGGCUCCUUCUUCACCCUCAACCUCUUCAUUGGUGUGAUCAUUGACAACUUCAACCAGCAGAAGAAAAAGUUUGGAGGUCAGGAUAUAUUCAUGACAGAGGAACAGAAAAAGUACUACAAUGCCAUGAAAAAACUGGGGUCCAAAAAGCCACAAAAACCUAUACCUCGCCCACAGAACAAGAUCCAGGGCAUGGUGUUCGACUUUGUGACACAGCAAGUCUUUGACAUCUCCAUCAUGAUCCUCAUCUGCCUCAACAUGGUCACUAUGAUGGUGGAAACCGACGAUCAGUCAGAUGAAACGGAGAACGUCCUCUACUGGGUCAACUUCAUCUUUAUUGUAGUCUUUACCACGGAGUUCCUGCUAAAGCUUUUUGCCCUUCGGCACUAUUACUUCACCAAUGGCUGGAAUAUCUUCGACGUGGUGGUGGUCAUCCUUUCUAUUGUUGGUAUGUUCCUGGCUGAUAUCAUUGAGAAAUACUUUGUGUCGCCGACCCUGUUCAGGGUGAUCAGGUUGGCUCGUAUUGGCCGUAUUCUUCGUCUAAUUAAAGGCGCUAAGGGAAUCCGGACUUUACUCUUUGCUCUGAUGAUGUCACUUCCAGCCCUGUUCAACAUUGGCCUACUGCUCUUCCUGGUCAUGUUCAUUUUCUCCAUCUUCGGCAUGUCUAACUUUGGCUACGUAAAACACGGAGCGGGAAUUGACGACUUGUACAACUUUGAGACCUUUGGCAACAGCAUGAUCAUUCUGUUCAUGAUCACCACGUCCGCUGGAUGGGACGGCCUGCUGCUGCCCAUUCUUAACUACCCUCCAGACUGCGACCCCUUACUGGAGAACCCUGGUACAGCCGUAAAGGGCGACUGUGGUAACCCCUCAGUGGGAAUCUUCUUUUUUGUAAUGUAUAUCAUCAUUUCUUUCCUGAUUGUGGUCAACAUGUACAUUGCCAUCAUCCUGGAGAACUUCAGCGUGGCCACAGAGGAAAGUGCUGAUCCACUCAGUGAGGACGACUUUGAGACCUUCUACGAGAUCUGGGAGAAAUUCGACCCAACUGCCUCUCAAUUUAUUACUUUCACCAAGCUGUCUGACUUUGCAGACACACUUGAGCACCCACUUCGUGUGCCAAAGCCCAACACUAUAGAACUAAUCGCCAUGGACUUGCCCAUGGUGAGCGGCGAUCGCAUUCACUGCCUGGACAUCCUGUUUGCCUUCACAAAGCGAGUGCUGGGUGACAGUGGUGAGUUGGACAUGCUGAGGCAACAGAUGGAGGAGCGUUUUGUGGCAGCCAACCCCUCCAAGGUGUCGUAUGAACCCAUCACCACCACUCUUCGCCGCAAACAGGAAGAUGUCUCUGCCAGAACUAUCCAGAAUGCCUACCGCUUCCACCUCCUCCGGCGCGGCAUCAUCUUCAAGUGUCGUACUUUUACUAGCAGUAAGUUUGAGAACGGCGGGACCAACAAAGAGAAGAAAGAGAGUACACCAUCCACAGCCUCUCUCCCUUCGUACGACAGCGUGACCAAACCGGACAAGGAGAAGCAGGACGAAAACAAGGAGGAGUGGGCCAGAAAAGAGAAGGACAAAAACCAAAAAGAUGAGUGGGAAUCCAAGUGUUAGUGUUCAGUGACCCUCAAAAUCCAAUAAAACACAGCAAGAUGAGACUCUGAGCCCAAACCCAACAAAUGUAGAAAAAGUGAUAAUUUGCAAGUAAGAAAAAAAAAAAGAAAAGAAAAAAACCAUACAAAAAAAUGUUUACAGACUCAAUACUACUGAGGCAAUGUGGUUUCUUAUGUCGUCAAAGACUGCCGAGCCAAACACAAU